GUUUUGAUUUUUGCAAAUAAGUAUUCCUGGUUGAAAUAAAAAAUUAUGCUGAAACCAUUUAGUUUUGAAGCAUAAUUUGCAAGUUGUGCAGCUUGGUUAAUAUAAUAUACUCGGCAUGUUCUAUAGUGUUAGAAAUGCUUCAGGCCUGCCACUUCCAAGGAAUUGGAAACAUGUUGCUUCAUUUGAUAACUACUUCCUUUAUAAUCUAUUGUCUACAAAUUGUGAUAGACUAAUGAAAUAUAUUCUGGAGAUGACGUUUUAUGGUUGAGGAGGUGUUGCUGGAUUUGGAUGAAGAGGGGAAAGAAAUGGUUUUUGGUGUGUCAUGGUUGAGGAGUUGACGAGGUGUCUAAAAAUUGUCAUGAAGCUAUGAAUUUAAUUUCUAAGGUUUAUGGGAGCGAAUUUGUCGUCAGAGAUGAUGUUCUUGUUGUGUCAUGGUUAGUAAGGAUCAUUUUCAUGAUGGGUCGGGUUUGCUCUUGUAAUGGUUUUUGGUGAUUUAGUUAGGAAGGAUGAUGUUCUUGUGGUGUAAUGGUUGUAUUGUGAAAUGUUUGUGUCAUGGGUUGUGCUACUGAAGGUUUUGGAUGAAGAUUAUAUAUAUGUCUAAUAGUAAUAGAUUUGUGCUCAAUUUUAGUAAUUCUAAUUAUAUAUGCAGAACUAUGAAAGGAUACGAGAUUUCUCAGUCGUGUAGUAGUGCGUAUUUGUCUCCCUCUUUUUUCAUUCUUACUCACUUGCAGUUGCAGUACAUACACACUUCAUUGGGGAAUUUUUUCUCCCUCUCUGUAUACGAUUGUAUAGUAGUAUUUUUGCAGGAUGUCAGGCAAACUGAGAAAAUUAACAAAAGUCCUGAUAUUGAUUUCAUGUACACGAAGGCUCUGUAUUAUGCUCUUCCAAUGGAUUAUAUGACAGUAGCAAAACUUCAGACUAAGCUAGAUGGAGAGGCUAAACAGAAUACUGUUAGAAAAUUGAUCGACAAGAUAGCUCAGGAUGGAUACCUGAAAAGCUCAGGCAGCAAGAGAUUGGGUAUUCAUCCUAACUAUGAAACCUGAUUUUAGGAGAUCAUAAUUUAUUAACUAAUCAA